AUGUCAUUAGUCGGUUCUGGCACCUUAAUUGUCAAACCCCUCAAAGCAAAACUAACUCACGACACUGAAUUCCUUGGCAAAAUGGAUCCUUAUUGCAAGGUCACUCUGGGCAAUUAAAGACAAAGGACAAGAGAACAUACAGAUGCUGGAAAGCAUCCUUCAUGGAAUCAAUCCCUAAGCUUUAGACGUACAAAUGAGUACCUAGUGGAUAUCCAAAUUUGGGAUGCUGAUGAAGUAACUGAAGAUGAUUUAGUUGGAGAAUGUUCCAUAGCCAUUUAACCGUAUUUGGUAGAUGUUCCUAAACCAGCUGAAUGGAUCAACUUAAGUUACAAAGGAAAAUCAGCUGGAUAGCUAUACAUUGCGUUUGAAUGGUUUGCUGAUUCAAAAUAUUAACCUUAAGCUUAAAUCCCUUCAAACCCAUAAUAUUAUCAAUAAAAUAAUGUGAUACCAAUGCAACCUCCAGGAGCUCCUUAUUAUCAAUAACCAUACAAUUAACAAAUGCCAUAUUAGUAACCUCCCAAUUAUCCAUAAUAAAUAUAAUAUCCCUAACCACCACCUUAUUCAUAACCAGGCUACUAAGGAACUUAAGGAUAUCCAUAGAAUCAAUAAUAAAAAUAUCCCCAGUAAGGCUAUAUGCCUAACUACCCACCUAAUCCAUAAUAAGGAUAUUAACCAAAUCCAUAAUAAGGAUACCCACCCUAUCAACCUCCAAAUUAUCCACCAAAUUAACCACCUAAUUAUCCUCCAAAUCAACCCCCUGGUUAUCCUCCAAAUUAACCACCGAAUUAUCCUCCAAAUUAACCACCUGGUUAUCCACCAAAUCAACAACCAAACUAUCCACCAAAUCAACCACCUAAUUAUCCACCAAAUCAACCACCAGGAUAUCCACCAAAUCCACCACCAAACUAAUAACCUAAUCAAUAAGGAUAUCCAAAUUAUGCCUAAACUAUGUAAAAUAAUCCUUAAGGGUACCCAAAUCAAAAUUAAGCACCAAAUCCUAAUAAUUAAUAACCUCCUAAUUAUCAAGGAGGUUAACCUUAAAACUAUCCUAACAAUUAAGCAUAGGGUGGCUAUCCAAAUAAUCAAAUGCCACCAAAUCAAUAAGCAUAGACUUUACCACUAGGCCAAUAAUAUCCAAAUUUACCUCCUAUCAAUCAGCCUUAUCCUAAUGUUCCUCCUGGCUAAUAACCCCCUCCUUAGCCAAAUUAGGUACCACCUCCAGGCUAAUAAUAACCACCUGCAUUCUACCCUGGCCAAACUAUGCCAAAUCAACAAUAUCCAAUGAAUUUCGAUCCAAAUAAGAUACCAAAUCCUAUGGGCAAUUGA